UCAGCCAACAACUCAAUGCUGUCGUCGACAAGGGGUUAGAGGUCACGUUGACGAAAGUCGUCUCCAAGCUCCGUGAACUUUCUGUAGAGAGCGUUGACUGCUUUUGAUUACAAGAAGACGGUCACGUGACACGUUGACAUCACACCGAGAGAGAUCAACCAAAUAAUUUGUACGACAAUGUAUUUAAAUGUAUUUUGCAUCUUUACAAAGUCUCCCUCCCGCUGCUGUCUUCUGUUUACUACGUGGCAGUAUGUGAUGGGGGGUCACUAGGGGUCAAGUAGGUGCUGCCUGUAGGUCAGCCUUGUCUUUGCUGUGUACCUGUGUGACAGGGUCACAGUGCAUUGUUUGUUUGUUUAUGUGUUUGUGUGUGUGUGUGCUUACCAACAGUGACACAGUGAGGUCAGUGACUAAUGGCUUGUGGGUCAGACGGAAAUAAAUAUUAGGGGGUGGAGGCGGAAGGAGAGAGGAGAGUAGGGUACAAGGAGAUGACACGAAGCUACAGGCUGCGAGUAAAGUCCCAGCACUGCGCAUGUCACUGCGCAUGUCGCUGGCGAUUCUGUCAGCCCAUUGGAUGUUGGAUUAGCGAGGUGGCCACAGAGUGUGAUUCACCAUUCCACGUGAACGAUUGGAGGAACUAAGGUGGUCUUAUUGAUGAUACCCCCCGUGAAAGCACUCUCGUCUGCUGUAUCCCUCCCUCUCCCCACCCGCUCUCUUUCUCUCUCUCACUCUCCCCCACCCCCAGCCUCCCUCCAACAGUUGUCUUCCCUUCUGUGAGUGGCUCAUUGACUGCAGUGUGGACUUUGUCAGCUAAUACAUUGUCAUACAAGUCAUUCCGCUCUGUCGCCGCUGUGGAAUAAAUGAGUACAAGACAGAGAUAACAACACCCGGGGUACCUCGUCGAUCACCCCCCCCCCUCCAUCUGUCAGGCUGCCAGGGGGCGCUUGUACACCCGCAGUCCCCUCCAGUGCCAGUCGUGAAGGAUCAUUCCAGGCCCUGGAGACGCCUCAACCCUCCAGACGUGUUGUUGCUUGAAGGACCAGAUCCUCCACACCUACAGGACCACACCGGCGCCUGAGGACCACAGAGGAUCGAUCUCGCCAAGUGACGCCACGCACGACUGAUGGCAGUCCUCCCCCACGCAUGCGCGGUGUGUGACGGGGCCAUGGAUGAGCGCGAGAUGCUGAAUGGCGUCAUUCCUGUCCGCCAUGCCAGUCUGCCGGGCCACGUCAAGUUGCCAAGGCGAUACGAGAAGGCCGCCAUGGGAACCAGCGGCAUCCCAGCACGCAUGCGCAAGAUCAGCAUCCAGCCAGGUCACACUCCGCUGAGGGACUCGCUGUCCGACCGACUGACCGACCUCAUGACCGCCAUCUUGUGGAUCAAACAAGAACUGAUCAUGUUGCGGCAACACGACAUUCUGCUCAAACGCCAGUUCUUUGACAUCCAGGACUCCAUCAGCUCGCUUCGCAGGCCCAGACCCCACGACCCCAGCUACCCCGUGACUGCGGCCUUCGUCUCGCCACCCGGCCCCGCGCUCUGCAACGGAAGCUGUCAGCCCGACUGCAGUGCCGCCACGCGUCUGCAGCUUCCUGACCAGAUGGACUUCCCCCUGGAGACCUACGCUGUGCGCACGUCCUCCAGCGUCACCAUGCUCAACGACCACAGCGACGAUGAAGCCGAGGACAGCGAUGUCUUCUUGGAGAACUACUUCCGGCCGCGCACGGGCUCCAUGAAGACGUCACGUGACAUGGCGGCCCUGGCCAGACGGCGAGGCAGCAAAGAGCUCAUCUGAUGGCACUGUGACUGACUGACAGCAGGAGACAGCGAAAUGACACUGACAGCGAGCAGCAGGGACAGCGUCUGAUGGCACUGCCAUGUCAGUGUCAGAAGGUGAAGCUCUUUGAAAGUCGCUUCCGCUGUCAGACUGUCAGUGAGGCCGUUAUGCUGCAGCAGCCGGAAAUGUGAAAGGUCGUGUCACCGAUCAAAGACUUGUGUCUUCCCGAGUGUGUCUUGAGUGGACAGGUAAACACACAGGUAAACACACAGGUAGCCGUGACUGUUGGCUGCUCACGUGCAAUCAUUUCAAAGCGAGGAACAGGACAAUGUGCGGCUGGCUCUCUGAUCGCUCCACUGCAGCUCCGUGAAGCUGCUGCUGUUGUUGUUGCUGUUGUUGUUGUUUCCUAUGCAAACGUCUGCCCAUCGUCUACGUGAGUAAGGAAGGCGCUGGCAGCGCCACCUACAACUUAGGCUCCACCUACUUACCAAGUUCUACAACUGACGAAGAUGGCAGUCGCUAGCCUUGAGUGUUCCUCCAGCAUCAACAACACACAAGGUUGUAGCGGUUCUUGUUGACAUGUGGCCUUGACACCUGAGUGAGCCGCCACUACGUUGUGUCCUUGACCUUCUGGCCUUUUGGCCACCGACUGGUCUGUGACACUGACACUGACAGUGGCAUCGAUGGACCUCGACACAAGCGUCAUUACCACAUAAAUAAACAGUCAUCUUCUGAUAACGGCGAUGCUGACAUUUCUAUAGCAACGUCAUCGAGUCUGUGAUGACGUCAUGUCUGUGACCUUGGGGUCACCGGAGCGCGUGCACUCACAGUGGCAGGGGAGGGAAGUCAGUCUCCUCAUCUCAGGAAGUCGCUCGUGUCGGACAGCUACAAACCACGUGACACGUCACUUUCUUGCUGAAAUCCGCUCGUGCGACGGGAAGACAGACUACGGCAGUCGUCACGCGUGACUUGACAGACUUGGGUAGUCGUCACGUGUCAGUGCCGCUCGUGGGUCAUCAGACAGUAGAAGGCGGGUAGAGUAGUCCGCCCUUGUGUCGCCCAUGUAGAGAAGAAUGUGUGUGACGGGGAGGAGGAUCUGUGGGUCUGUGUCAGACUGUGUGUGUGCUUAUGUUAGAGUGAGAGAGUGUGAGAGAAAGUGUGUGAGUGUGUGGGUGUAUAUGUGAGUGAGUGUGUUUAUGUGAGAGACGAGAGAGAGUGUGUGUGAGUGUGUGUGUACCUGAUGAUGUGCGACUGUGGUCGCUGGUCGCGCGUGAGACGACGAUGUGGGUGAGAGGUGGGGGGGGGCGUCACUUUCCUCCAGACGGAGAAUAAAUCUCUGUAGAUAUUUUUUCGAUCGUCAUUUCGUGCGCAUUCCAGCGCUCGCGUGUGUGGAUGUGUCUCUGUGUGUGGGUGUGUGUGGGGGUGUGUGU